AUGAAAGAAGAAGAUAUCCUUGCGCGCCACUCGCGGCCACAGAAGCACUCAACCUGGGUCCCCAAAAACCGCGACUGGCGUUACGCAACCGGUGUCUUCCAACACGAUGAUAACGAAACCGCGCCCAACGAUCGGUCGGCGUGGGAUGACAUGGACUACGACUAUCAGGUCGCCGACCCGGGGAAGAGCAGGGGUCGUAGUGGCAGUGGCCCAAGCGAUGGCGACAUCAAAGCGGUCGAUGUAAGCGCCUCGGUGUCGGCUACUCCAAAAAGCGCAAAGAAGAGAGCCCUCUCGGAUAUCCCGAAAGCCACCAUAAAAGUCCGAGCAUUCAAGAGGAAGUCAAAGACUGCGAAGAAGAACGUAUGGAUGUCAGUAGCAAGGCGCCAACGGAUCAGCCAUGAUGAUGUAGAGGGCGAAGAGCCAGACUAUCAGACCUAUAGCUUGACCGUCAGGUUGCGCUUCUCAGGCAGACUCAUCAUAGAGGAUGCGCUUCCGGCUGUAUCAACACCAGGCCCUAUGCAUCUCCAACAAAUACCAGACACACCUGCGAAUUUCAGCAUACCCUUCGAUCCUCAUACCCCUGCCACAGCUCGCACCGCAGCCUCGCUCUACACACCACACAUGUUGCAUUCGGGCGAAUCCGUACAUACGUAUCCUCCCUUCCAGCGUCCAUGGGUAGACGAAACAAAAGACUUCAAUAUGCGGGCAGUCCGCGGCGUUCUACAAAAGCCCGGGUUCGUAGGAAAGGACCUCGGAGUCCACUACACAUGGUACAACGACGCAGUCCCCGUAGACGCUCUACUUCCCCCCGGAGUACCCUUAUCCGCGAAAGAAAUCAUGGCCUACUACCCCCAUCACGUGCGGUGGAAAAGCAUGAUGGUCCGACUAGCGAACAACGACUAUCGCGGUGCGGACAUUGUGGGUAUGCAGGCAUUCUUCCGUGGCCCCCCAACAACGGACAUUACAGCCGCAGUCAUGAACCAAUUCCAACGCGACUCCGUCAAAAAGAUCAUCGAGGGUUUCAAGACCGACACUAUCAACGGGAAGCAUGAUGCCAACUUACAUACCGACCACCUAGAGCCAGGCAGAUACAUUGCGGACAGACGCAGCGGUUACGUCUUGCCGACAUUCAGUGAUCUCCUGGAUGGUCUGAACCAUCUGCCGUCUGGUCUUGAUGCACGCGGCCUUACGGAGUGUCUGAGCUGGUAUCUCCAUGUCCGGGACUCUUUUACGCCAAAGUUGGAGUUGAACGUCCUGCAUACCCAAGCUUUGAUUCGCGCACUUCGCAUCCCGCUCAAGCGGUAUGGACCGCAGAAUCUGGAUUGCAAUGCACUUAAAGAGUGGAAAGAGAAGGGGAGGUUUGAGGAGCGGAAGGUGUACUAUGAGCCGGCUAGAUCUAUGUCGACAGGUACAGCAGAUGAAGCGCAGAAGAGGUCGCGACUUCACAUAAACCUAGACAACCACGAAGUCAAGCUUGACUACCAACUCCAGCUCCGCCACGUCCUCACGUCCCCUUUCGUCGCCCUCCACAGCGCCGUGGGCGAAGCGCUCAAGUUGGGUAUCGAGAAAGCCGAGAACCGGAUGACUGAGCGGGUGACCGCUGAGGGAAAAAAGAUGUUGGAAGCCAAGUGGGCUGCGAGAGUAGCUGCGAACGCGGAAACAGAAGAAGAGGUGCGGAAUGUGGAAGCGCAACAACCACAUGUGAUGGAAGAGAAGUUUGAACCGAUCAUGGAGACGAAGGACAGUGCAGAGAAGCCUAGUCGCGUUCCCCGAACGAGCCUCACGGCCGAAGCACUACUUACUCUUGCUCCGGCACCGAGGAGAGCACCUACUGCGCCGCCACCCAAUGGAGGGCCACUUGGUUACCGCGCACCAACUUCACCAUCAACGGGGACAUUUACCAGACAGCCUCAUGGAACGCCUGAGCCCAUGUACCUCGACCGAGCGUGGGGUACACCAUCCCCUUCUUUCGCAUAUGCGCCUCGCUCAGUGUAUGGAAGAAGGGACCGACCAUAUGGCAGCAUGGAAGAUCUGUGGAACGACGCGCCACGAACGCUAUGGCGGAACACACGGAAGAAGCUUGGCCUGGCAGGUUCUGACGAUGCAGCUACAUUAGCCGCUAUGCUCAAGAAGACAACGAAGAUGGCGGAGAAGAAACUUGGUCAUCGGCCAUGGGCGAUACUGAGCUUUCCCCCGUUGUUGGCCUUAUAUCAGGAAUGCGUCGCAGAUGCGGCCGAGUACACCGGACUUUACACGCUGACGGCGGACCUGGGGUAUCAGGUGCAUGAACUCACUGCCGCAUAUGCCGGGCAUGGAAUGGGGCUGGAUGAGAGCGACGUUGAACUGGUAACUCGUGGCAAGAAGCCACACGAGUACGGUGGACGACACACAGUCCUUGUUGAGUAUACCGAAACUGCGAUUUUGCUGCAUGGCAAGCCGAUGACACAUGCUCGCAAUCUCGCGAAUGUCGACUGUUUCCGGUCGAGUUUUGAGCUGGGCAGCAGCAGUUCAGCGUCUGAGGAGCAGCCACGCGAAUUUGUGCUAGAGUACUUGCGCAAGGUGUAUCAUGGUUACACGAAAUAUCCUUUUGUCUAUCCCAAGGAAUUCAUUAUCAUAAUGACGGGAAGCGCUAAAAGUGUUGGCCGCGAGGAGAUUCGAGCGGCAAUUGCAGAAGCGGUCAGAUUGUAUGGGUUCCAGGCCAGGAUCCUGUAUGAUAACCCUGGAUAUGUAGCAGCGAGGGGCGCGGCUGAGAUCGCAUGGCGAACGUUGCUAGAAGCGGAGAAGAAGAAGGAGAAUACAGAGUUGUGA